AUGGGGCUAAGUAUGAUAGAGGGGCUAAAAUUUCUAUAUUUUGGGUUAACAAGGGAUGAGGAUGAGGAUGAUAAUGUUAUGCUAUGGAAUCUUGUUAUUGCACUGGAAUUAAAUCUAACAACUUGUGCUCUAAAGGUUCGUGACUAUGACCAAACUAUGGAGCUUUGUUCCAUCUCCUUAGUCAUCAUGCUUGAUAGUAGUAAUGCCAAAGCUCUUUAUAGAAGGGCCCUAGCUAAAAUCAAGCUCCACCACUUGGAAGAAGCUUAUAAGGACCUUAGCAAGGCAGACAAGGUCGAGCUUAAUAACCAUGACAUUCUCCGUGAGCUGGACAAAGUGAAGGGCCUAAGCUACAAGGCUAGCAAGUUCAAUGGCAAGAGGGUGAACCAUGUUAUUUGGUCUGGUAAGCCCAUCACUACUGUUGUUAAGAAGAAAGAUGAGACUAUUUCUCCAUGUCUAAAUGAUAACAACGACGUGGCUUCGAGCAUUGAGGAGGGGAGUGAAGUUCUUGCAAGAGACUAUCAUACCACUGAUAUUACUAAAGUGGUUUCAAUAGGAUCUAAUGAAGAUGAUCCCAGGCCAUGA